AUGAUGCCCCAGGCGCUCAUUUGUCAGGAUUCGCGACGAAGCUCGAAGGUCAAUCUGUUUGGAGUAGCUGCACUCCAGGCGGUUGGGGUCAUUUGUGUCAUUGAAAGAUUGAAGGCUCGGUGGAAAGUUCUUGGAGGCCUACAUACCGAUGAUUGGCUGAUGGUAGCCACAUUGGUGAUAUAUAUACCGGCAUCGGUGGUGGUCAUGGCAAUGUGGGUCGAGGCAUUUGGUUUUGACGUAUGGACUCUUGAAGAGCCCGUCAUUGUACGGGCGAGGAUGUAUCUCUUUCUCGCAGAGAUCUUUUACAUAAUUCAACUCGCGACCACAAAGGCUUCCAUGAUCUGCUUGCAAUACAAAAUAUUCAAGCCUAUUCGAGCGUUCCGCAUCACCGCGUCUCUCGUCCUCAGCGCAUCCACCCUAAUGGUGAUAACCAUUACGAUCCUCGUCAUCAUCCAAACCAAGCCCGUCAAUUACUGGUGGAAUGGCUGGCUAGACUCGAAGCAGAAUUUUCCCGGAGAACACGAGGUCGUCGACAUCUUUGCCGUCGCGACGGCCGUUGUGGCCGCCAACAUCCUAUUCGACGUCAUUAUCAUCCUCAUGCCCAUCCCGCUAGUGUUGAAGCUAAACAUGAGAAAACGGGAUCGAGCAGCAGUGUCAGUGCUUUUCGGAUUUGGCGUGCUCAUAACUGCCUGUAGCUGUGUUCGGAUCUGGACUAACUUCGCAGUACCCUCAUACAACUUUACAUGGGACUAUGUGCCGGGCUUAGCUUGGGGAACGGCGGAAUGCGGCAUGUCUUAUAUUGUUACCAGUCUACCAACGCUGCACUACAUGUGGAUGUAUACUUGGAAGUCGAAACUGCAGGCACUAACGGCUCGUUGGAAAGGGGCGAAGAGCGUAAACUCAGCAACGAAUCAAGAAAUGCCAGUCAUGGAGAACACUGGGUGGAAGGACAGGCCACGGGAGCAUCGUUAA